AUGGCGGCAGCCAAAGCCCCCGUCCCCUCGCUCGGCCACGUCCUCGUCGUCGGCGGCUGCGGCUUCCUUGGCUCGCACAUCGUCUCCCUCAUCGCAAAGCGACACCCCCAAACCCGCAUCUCCGUCCUCGACCUGCGUACCACCGCCAACCGCCACGCCUCCCCCACCGUCUCCUACCACGACGGCGACAUCACCGACCUCCACGCACUUGAAGCCCUCUUCGCACAGCUCCGCCCAGACGCAAUCAUCCACACUGCCUCCCCGCACUUCCACCUCCCCCCCGCCGUGCACGACAAGGUCAAUGUCGAGGGGACGAAGAAUCUACUUGCUGCAGCGCAAGAGACGGGGGUAAAGGCCUUUGUGUACACGUCCUCCGCGUCCGUGAUCCUCGGCCCAGAAACCGAGCUCGUCAACGCGAACGAAGACUGGCCCAUGGUCACCGGCGCCGCGCAGCCAGAGCACUACACCAGCACCAAAGCGUACGCCGAGACCGCCGUGCUCGCCGCGAACCGCACCCCCGCGAGCUUCCUCACCUGCGCGAUCCGCCCCGCCGGCAUCUUCGGCGAGGGCGACGUGCAGCUCCUGCCGCCCAUGCUCUCCGCGUUCCGCAAGGGACAGACCAAGUACCAGGUCGGCGCUAACGACAACCUGUUCGACUUUACGCACGUGGAGAACGUGGCGUACGGGCACCUGCUCGCGGUCCAGGCCCUGCUGUACAGCCACAAGAUGCUGCCGACGGUGCCGCUGGACACGGAGCGCGUUGACGGCGAAGCCUUUUUCAUCACCAACGGCCAACCUGUGUACUUCUGGGACUUUGCGCGGGCCGUGUGGCACGAGGCCGGGGAUCGGCGGCCCCUCAGCGCCGUGUGGAAGCUCGAUCGCGACUUUGCCAUGGGCGUUGGCGCCAUCUUGGAGAACUUGUUCUGGGUGCUGGGCCGGACGCCGAACAUCACGCGCAAGCAGGUGAGGUAUAGCACGUUGAGCAAGUACCACGACAUCAGCAAGGCGAAGCGGAGGCUGGGGUAUGCGCCGCUUGUGCAGCUGGAUGAGGGGGUGCGGAGGGGUGUGCGGUGGCAGCUUGAGAACGAGGCGAAGGCGGCGCAGAAGAAAGAUCAGUAG